GUUUAACGUCCCUCAAGUCUUUUCCUGGGUCCCUAUUUGACCUCUUUCAGAUUGAAGUUUGGCAUUCAUCCAGCUCUGAUUUAUACCCAGCUCCGCCUGGACUUGCCCUCUGGAUUUCUUGAGCCUUGAGUAACUGGCGAUCUACGUUCCCGGUUUGGAACCCAAGUUCCAGCCCCCGAUUGCGUCUCCACCCAUGACGACUCUUUAGACUUUCUUUUUAAUGAUAUAGCAGCUCCCCUCAAAAGCAUGCCCUGGUCCUGCCCUCUCUGUUGCUGAAUCCUUUUGAUUUAGCUGAUGGGUACUUGACAUCUGAUGCUUCUGGGUCCAGGAUGAGGAGGAGCUUAGCCCCCAGCCAGCUGGCCAGGAGGAAACCAGACGGCAGAUCAUCUGAUGAUGAAGACUGGCAGCCUGAGACAGUAACUCCUAAGAAACAGAAGUCCAGCAAUGAGACCCAGUGUUUCCUGUCUCCUUUUCGGAAACCUUUGACUCAGUUAAUCAACCGACCACCCUGUUUGGAUAGCAGUCAACAUGAAGCAUUUAUUCGAAGCAUUUUGUCAAAGCCUUUCAAGGUCCCCAUUCCAAAUUAUCAAGGUCCUCUGGGCUCUCGUGCAUUGGGCCUGAAAAGGGCUGGUGUCCGCCGUGCCCUCCAUGAUCCUCUGGAAGAAGGUGCCUUGGUUCUGUAUGAGCCUCCCCCACUAAGCGUCCAUGACCAGCUGAAGCUUGACAAGGAAAAACUCCCUGUCCACGUGGUUGUUGAUCCUAUUCUCAGUAAGGUGUUGCGGCCUCAUCAGAGAGAGGGAGUGAAGUUCCUAUGGGAGUGUGUUACCAGUCGUCGAAUCCCGGGAAGCCAUGGCUGCAUCAUGGCUGACGAGAUGGGCCUGGGAAAGACACUGCAGUGCAUCACGUUAAUGUGGACACUUUUACGCCAGAGCCCAGAGUGCAAGCCCGAAAUUGAGAAAGCGGUGGUAGUGUCACCUUCCAGCUUGGUGAAGAACUGGUACAAUGAGGUUGGGAAAUGGCUUGGCGGGAGGAUCCAACCUCUAGCCAUCGACGGAGGCUCUAAGGACGAGAUAGACCGAAAACUGGAAGGAUUUAUGAACCAGCGUGGAGCUCGAGUGCCUUCCCCCAUUCUCAUCAUUUCCUAUGAGACUUUCCGCCUUCAUGUUGGAGUCCUUAAAAAAGGAAAUGUUGGACUGGUCAUAUGUGAUGAGGGACACAGGCUUAAAAACUCUGAGAAUCAGACUUACCAGGCCCUGGACAGCUUGAAUACCAGCCGGCGGGUGCUCAUCUCUGGGACCCCCAUCCAAAAUGACUUGCUUGAAUAUUUCAGCUUGGUGCACUUUGUUAAUUCAGGCAUUUUGGGAACUGCCCAGGAGUUUAAGAAGCGUUUUGAGUUGCCAAUUUUGAAGAGUCGAGAUGCAGCUGCCAGUGAGGCAGACAGACAGCUAGGGGAGGAACGUCUGCGGGAGCUCAUCAGCAUCGUGAACAGGUGCCUGAUACGGAGAACAUCAGAUAUCCUCUCUAAAUAUCUGCCAGUGAAGAUUGAGCAGGUGGUUUGUUGUAGGCUGACACCCCUUCAAACUGAGUUAUAUAAGAGAUUUCUGAAACAGGCCAAACCCGAAGAAGAAUUGCGUGAAGGCAAGAUGAGUGUGUCUUCCCUGUCUUCUAUCACCUCUCUGAAGAAGCUUUGUAACCAUCCAGCUUUAAUCUAUGACAAGUGUGUGACAGAGGAGGAUGGCUUUGAGGGUGCUUUGGAUAUCUUCCCACCUGGUUAUACCUCUAAAGCUGUGGAGCCACAGCUGUCAGGUAAGAUGCUGGUCCUUGAUUAUAUUCUGGCCAUGACGCGAAGCCGCAGCAGUGACAAAGUUGUGCUGGUGUCUAAUUAUACUCAGACGUUGGAUCUCUUUGAAAAGCUGUGCCGAGCUCGAAGGUACCUGUAUGUUCGCCUGGAUGGCACAAUGUCCAUUAAGAAGCGAGCCAAGGUUGUGGAGCGCUUCAAUAGUCCAUCGAGUCCUGAUUUUGUCUUCAUGCUGAGCAGCAAAGCUGGGGGCUGUGGUCUUAAUCUCAUUGGUGCUAACCGUCUGGUCAUGUUUGAUCCUGACUGGAACCCAGCCAAUGAUGAACAAGCUAUGGCCCGAGUCUGGCGUGAUGGUCAAAAGAAGACCUGCUAUAUUUACCGACUGCUAUCUACUGGAACCAUAGAGGAGAAGAUCUUUCAGCGGCAGAGCCACAAGAAGGCACUGAGCAGCUGUGUGGUUGAUGAGGAGCAGGAUGUGGAGAGACAUUUCUCACUUGGUGAGCUGAAAGAGCUGUUCACCCUGGAUGAAGCCAGCCUCAGUGACACACAUGACAGGCUGCAUUGCCGCCGCUGUGUAAACAGCCGCCAGGUCUGGCCACCCCCUGAUGGUUCUGACUGCACUUCAGAUCUGGCUCAGUGGAACCAUAGCACAGAUAAACGGGGGCUCCAGGAUGAGGUACUCCAGGCUGCCUGGGAUGCUUCAUCUACAGUCGUCACCUUCGUCUUCCACCAGCGUUCUCAUGAGGAGCAGCGGGGUCUCCAUUGAUAACCAGCUGGUCUGGAGUAGUGGCUAGAGAAAGGAUACUGGGAAAGGGGGUUCUCUGUCUCAUGAGGCUGUUCAGUUUUGUUCUCUGGGAGAAAAUAAUGAAGAAGGGCUGCAUGAUGUUUGCCCAAAAUUUAUUUUAUAAGAAAAACUUUUUUGGUUUAAAAAAAAAAAAAAAAGAAAGGA